AUGGAGGUUCUACCCUGCCUUAUGGAUGAGAACUCUGCCUUAGGGAGGGAAGAAGAGGAAUUAAUGGAGGCAUGGAACCACCUGAGGAACCACCUGCUGUCAAUUUUGCAUUUUCUGUGUUGCUUCCUGAUGGAACACCGGAUGUGCACAGCUUGUGGUGGGCAAAAACUUAGGGACAUUAUGUUGGAUUCUAAUAUUGAAUUGUAUGGACCAUAUUCCAAACCUCUGCUGAAUUGUGGGAGAGGAGGAACUUGUGGGACAUGCAUUGUAGAGGUCGUUGAAGGGAAGGAGCUACUAAACCCUCGAACAGACAAAGAGAAGGAAAAACUUAAAAGGAAUCCAAAAAAUUGGAGGCUUGCUUGUCAGACUACGGUUGGAAAACCAGAUUCGAGAGGCUUGGUUGUAAUCCAACAACUGCCUGAAUGGAAAGGGCAUGAAUGGAAUUAUAAUAAAGAACCUCCUUCAGAAUCAGAACCCUGAGAUUCAUUCAUUCAUUCAUUUAAUUAAUGUACUUUCUUUUGUUUUACUAACUAUAUACU